AUGCACACCAUGGAGUUCUCUGAUGUCGACCUCCCGCCUGACCAUCGAGGGAUGGGUCGAUCUGUCAUUGUCGAGGCAUCGGAGGGAAAGCUUGGCAUGCUCACUAAAUUGUAUGAUCAGGACACUGAAAAUGACCCAUUCUGGCUCACGUAUUCUGUUCUACGAAAUAAUCAAUGGCACUGGGAGAAGGACAUCCCGAUGCCGGUAAAGCGUGCAAUUCUGGUUGGUGUAGCUGGGGGAUACUUGCUUUUAGACGUGUUGUACACCACGCCUUCACAAGAGGAUCUGAAGUUUGGAUACUUCUCGGUGGACUUGAAGACAUUGCAAGUCGAGUUGUUCGCUAGGCUUAGCAAAGCGAUCUCAGCUGGUCAUCUAUAUGCUGGUUUCCCACCAUCCCUGUCUCCACCAACUAUCUGA